AUGCCAAGAUCUUGGCGAGUGCUUGUCGCAGCCCUACUGACAAUUGUCGGGUUUCUGUCGCAGCAUUUCAGAUACGACGUCAAAAACGAAUUCCCGUCGUACAUCUGGCAAACGUGGAAAAAUGGUCCUGGAUCGAGCGGCUUUGAGGAGGUGAAGGGAUCCGCAGGCUCCUGGGAUAGACGGAAUCCAGGCUCCAUCCACAGAAUACUAUCGGACGCUGAAGCAGAAGAAUUGUUGAAGGAUCUAUACAACCCGUUUCCAGAGAUCAUAGAAGCAUACAAUGCCCUCCCCAAACCUGUUCUCAAAGCCGAUUUCUUCCGCUAUCUCAUCCUGUUAGCCAAAGGCGGGAUUUAUACGGACAUCGACACCGCUGCCUUGAAACCAACCUCAGUAUGGAUUCCCGAAGAGUAUCAAAAUGAAACAAUAGGACUAGUUGUCGGAAUCGAAGCUGAUCCCGAUAGAGAGGAUUGGCAUCAAUGGUAUUCCCGACGCGUACAAUUCUGUCAAUGGACUAUCCAAUCCAAACCCGGACAUCCGGUCCUCCGCGAAAUUAUCGCCACCAUCACACAUGAAACUCUUCGACUAAAAGCCGAAGGGAAACUCGACGACCCCGACCUCAGCGUCAUUGAAUUCACGGGCCCGGCAUUGUGGACGGAUGUUAUCUUCAGUCAUCUCAACGGGCCUCAAUGUCCGGAUCGCAGAACGUUGCCACCGCAGGUCACGUGGAAGGAGUUUACUGGCAUCACGUCGCCGAGGAUGAGGGAGGAUGUGUUAGUUCUCCCUAUUACUAGUUUCUCUCCGGGUGUGGGACAUAUGGGUUCGAGGCCUACGGAUGAUCCGAUGGCGUUUGUGAGGCAUGAGUUUUCUGGAUCUUGGAAAGAAGAGAAGAAAUAG